AUGUCUUCAUCGACAUCAAAUCCUCAAACUUUAGCUCCUGAGCAACGCCCUUCUAAGAUGCCAAGAAUUGAAUCUCAAAUAGUUGAGUCAUUUGACAUUUCUACUCUACAACAUGAUCCCGGGUUACGUCCUCAAAUAUGGGAAUAUCCUGUUAAUCAACAGGAUGAAAUUAGAUGUGCUUAUCUUAAAGUCGGUCCGAAUAGGUUCAUUCCUUCUAGUAGUUCUGGAUAUCCGUUUUCGGGAACUGAAAAAAACCGCCGAAGAUUUCAAUCAUCUUGGUUUAAGAUGUUUGAUUGGUUAGAAUAUUCUGAGAACAAAGAUGCUGCUUAUUGUCUACCCUGCUUUCUUUUUGCUAAAAAGCCAACGGGACGGUUUGGAGGUAGUGCAUUUACUAUUGAAGGAUUUCGCAAUUGGAAGAAAGUUAAUGAUGGCACACAUUGUUCUUUUUUGGUCCACAUGGGAAAUGGGCCAUGUUCACCUCAUAAUAAUGCUGUUAAGUGUUGUGACAAUUUGAAGAAUCAAUCUCAACAUAUUGAUAAGGUGAUAGAUAAGCAAACUUCGGAAGAAAAAUUGAACAAUCGAUUGCGAUUGAAGACUUCAAUCGAAUCUAUUCGGUAUUUAGCAUAUCAAGGAUGUCCUUAUAGAGGUCACGAUGAAGGUCCCGAUUCUAAAAAUCGCGGCAAUUUUCUUGAGUUGAUAAAACUUGUGUCCAAUUUCAACGAUGAUGUUGCUAAGGUUGUUUUAGAAAAUGCUCCACAAAAUGCAAAAUAUACUUCACCUCAAGUCCAAAAAGAUAUUUUACAUGUCUUGGCAAAAAGAGUGCGAGAUGCAAUUUGUGAAGAAAUUGAACGCUUCUUUGAUAUUGUCCAAGUUAAAGAUACAUCGGCAUUGACUUUAAAGGAUAAAAUAUCUGAUGUUCUUUCUCAAAAUUGUCUUGAUAUUCAAAGUAUUCGUGGACAAGGGUAUGAUGGUGCUAGCAAUAUGCGUGCAUUAGUUGCUAUAUCUCGAGAGGUAACGGUUGUUCAUGAUUUCUUCUCAAAUUUGAAUUUCAUUAUUAAUGUGGUUAGUUCUUCAUGUAAACGUCAUCGUGAUUUGCAAGAUGCUCAAGAAGCAGAUAUCGCAUAUUUGAUAGCUAUUGAGGAACUUGAAACUGGAAAAGGAGCUAACCAAAUUGUGCUUGAGAAGAUUAUAAAAGAAGGAUCAACUUACUCUCAACGUGGGGAUGCUGAAGUUGCUUAUGAAAUGAUUACAUCAUUCAGAUUUAUAUUCAUUUUACAUUUGAUGAGAGAAAUCAUGGGUACCACUGAUUGUCUUUGUCAACAUUUGCAACAAAAAUCUCAAGACAUCUUGAAUGCUAUGCAAUUAGUUUCUAAUACAAAAGUACUCCUCCAAAAAUUGAGAAAUGAAGAUUGGGAUAAUUUUCUUGAGAAAGUAGUCUCUUUCUCUAAGAAAUUUGAAAUAGACAUUCCAGAUUUUGGUGCUCGUUAUGUUAAAGGCCGAGGUCGUCUUCCACGGGAUCACAUUACGGUGGAACAUUAUUAA